AUGACACCAACAAGUAUUGUCGCCUACGUGGCACAAGUACCAGAUUGCGUCAAGAUCACCACUUUGUUGGAAGAGCUUGGCUUAGAAUACGAGAUGCGCCUGAUUGAUGUCACAAAGGCUGAACAGAAGGAACCUUGGUACCUCGAAAUCAACCCGAACGGCAGAGUCCCUGCCCUAACAGAUGUCUUGCCCGAUGGAAAGGAAAUAAAGCUUUUUGAAUCUGGAAGCAUCAUGCAAUAUCUUGCUGAUCGGUAUGAUGAUGACCACAAAGUUUCUUAUCCCCGAGGAUCCGCGGAACACUACCUCACCAGUAGUUGGCUAUUCUUCCAGACCUCUGGCGUUGGGCCCAUGCAAGGACAAGCCAUGCACUUCACCCGCUUCGCACCUCAGAAGCUCGAGUAUCCGCUGUACCGCUACCGAACAGAGACCUGCCGACUCUUUAGAGUUCUCGAUACCGCCCUCAGCAACAGCGACUCUGGGUAUCUCGUUGGUGACCGUUGCACGAUUGCAGAUCUCGCGUUAUGGCCGUGGAUAGUUUCCGAUUUCUGGGCUGGCGUCAGCAUCGACCCAUACCCGCACCUCAAAAAAUGGGAACAGCUCAUGAUCUCGCGACCUGGAGUGGACGCGGGUCGACACAAGCCGGGCCCUCAUUUUAUGAAGGAACUAGCUGCUGACCAAGGUCUGCAGAAGACCAUUGAAAAGGUAGCCGGCGAAUGGAUUCGAGGAAUGCAGGAUGCGAACGCAAAGGCCAAUAAUACUACCACCGAGACAAGCGGUAAUGUUGGGCAUUGA